AUGAUUGUGUACCCCAUUUACCCACCCCCAACCCCAACCAAACCCAACCCCUUAAGGUUGGUUGGUGUUAAGUUCAUACUGGCGUAUGUUAUUGAUAAUCGGUAUCUGUCAAUUGAUGAGUGUACAUUUUAUGAUCUUGUUUUGUCAGAUAUUAAACAUUUUGUGGAGCAUUGCAAUCUAAAGAAAAGUGUGCUAGUGUUUCCACCGGUGCUUAGCCACUAUCGGUUUUUAACUCAUAAAAUUGUUGAAGAAGAGUUUGCUGAGCUUGCUAGCUUCUCUAUUGGUGAAGGUAACAACAGGCAGACUGUUGUCUGCUCCAUUUAUUUCAGGGGUAUGCAGAGCGACUCAAAGUCAGUUUCUUCUGGAAAGAAUGAAGUUAGCUCUAGAUCUGAACCAAGUGACAGGCUUGCAAGGCCAUCAAGAGGUAGGGGAAGAGGAAGAGGAAAGAAGAUUUUAACUCAUAGUGGAGAAGGAAAUGAUGUAAGGGUAGGCCACAGACAACAAUACGAACAGCCAGUAGCAUUAUCCCACCAAAGGGAUGCCAAUGGAAAGCAAAGGAAACGAGAUUUAGAUAAAACAUCAAGUUCUAGAAAAUCACGAAAGCCUGAUCAGGCUCUGUAUGUGCCUCGAUCUCUGAGGAAUCAAGGAAACAAAGCAACAACUGUAUCCAAAACUACAGAAACAGCAACAGAACUUGCAAAUGAAAUUGAAAGGCCGAGUAAAAGGUCACAAAAAGACCAGCAUGAGCUGCCACACAAGAGACACAUAGUGGACAAUGAAACCCAAACGAUAACAGCAGAUCAUAUGGCAUCAGUAAUGGUGCAAAGUGGUGAUGAUAAACAUGCAGAGAUCUUGGGUGUAGCAGUGUUGGAUAAAGAACACAAAGACCUCACUGAUUCAAUUAACGAUGCAACAUCUGAUGAUGCAUUAGUGAGAUUGGACCACUCAGAUCAUGAUGAUCAUGAACCAAAAGAGAAUGAUCAUCAAAUACAUAAAAAUGAUUUGACUACACAAGAAUUUUCUUCUGUAUCUGGAGAAGUUCAAACCACUGAAGGACCCCAGACCAAUAUUCCUUUUGCAAUAGAGUUUGAGCCUCAAGAAAUCUGCAGUAUAGAUCUUGCAGAAAAGGUGACCAAAUCAACUGAGGAAUCGCAUUUGAAUACUCAGGUAUCACCCAGUAUUUCUGUUAAUGACGAUGUUACCAAAAAUACUGACACAUUAGAGAAUGAAAAGUCAUCAACCAGUGAUGAUCAUCAUGGCAAAACCAUAGCAGCAUUUAAAGGUAAUGUCGAUGAUGUGGAUAAUCUUUCAAAGUCUGUUGAUCAAAUUAUUGAGCCAUUUUACCAACAAAAUGAUCUUGAUGAAGAUCACAGUGCAAUAGAUGUUGAGACUCAAUUACAUAUUGAAGAAAAUACCGAUGAUAUUUUUGAAAAAGGUGAUGGUGAGCCUGAUGAUGGCAAUGAACUGAUUGAAGAGAGUAUGGAUAUAGAAAAGGAGGACAAUAUAAAUGAAGUGGAUUUAGAUAUAAAUAUUGCCAACAUGGAACCAUCAACAGAUAAGAGUAGCACAGCCAUGGCAACUACUGACAGUGUGACAACUGGUGCUGGAGAUGAUGAAGAGGAAGAUGGUUGGGAAGCUAUGUUUGAUGACUCAGGAGAAGCAUUGACUUCUGAUGCCAUGGAUGAGAUUUCUGAUGCCAUUGGAAAAGUCAAAGUUUCUGUCAAAAAGUCAAAGCAAGAUUACUACAAUUACCAACCAAAGGAUAACUUUGAUUAUGGAAGAUUCAACCAUGUGAUUGAAAUUUUUGACUUCCCGGUGGAAUUCAGGACAGAAGAUCUGAUACAAUCGUUUUCGGCCUACAGCAUCAAAGGGUUUGAUAUAAAAUGGGUGGACGACACACAUGCUUUAGGAGUAUUCCAAUCUGUUUCAAGUGCACAGAAUGCAUUAGGCUUACAAAACCCGAUGCUCCGUACUCGCCCGCUGACCCAAGCAACGAGAGAGUCCAAACUUAAAGCUAGAACAUUCGUGGACUUCCUGCAGCCAGCUAGGCCGAGGCCCGAAACGUCAGCUGUGACAGCCAGGAGAUUAGUGUCUGGUGCACUUGGUAUUAAAUCACGGGAGAGUAAGGAACAGAGAGCCGCUGAAAUGAAGAAACUCAAAGAUGCCAAAGAGAAAAGAAAAGUCGAUAAGCGACUAACAGAAGAUGUUUGGGAAGGAAAUACUUGGCGACUGUGAAUAUAAUUAAGAGCAUUUUUCUAUGCUAAUAAGCAAGGUCGCCAUUAUACUCCUUGUUAAUUUAAAAAGUGCUACGGCAUGAUGAUGCCGUAGCACAUCCAUGGGGAUGAUGGUGUCAUGCCAUACACGUAUGGAAAAAUCACAGGAGAGCUAUCCUAAAUUUUUAGUGUUCACAUCUUAAGUGUUUUAUUUGCAUUAUGGCCUAAACAAAUACUUCUCUUGGCUGCUGUGAGACAAAAGGGAUAUCCCUGUAUGUCUCAGCUUUAAGCAUUUCAAUAGCAAAAAUCAUCUACAAAUGUUGCUGGUUCAAUUUCAGCAGGACCAUAAACAAUCAAAUAAAUGCUUCUCUCAAGUACAGUUGAACUUGCCUAAGUCGAAUCCAAAAUGACUUUAGUUAAUGGAAAACACAACAUGUAAAAUAAGGUUGACUUAGAAAUUAUUUGAGUUAUGCAAAGUCGACUUAAAGGCAAGUUUAACUGUGUGCACCGCUCUAUAAUAAACGCUGUACCUCUCAAAAUGGCAUUGAAAUAUAUUUUAUUUUUAAUAAAUCUUGUGGGGCUGAAUUAUUUCAUGAUUCAUAUCAUGAGGAUACUAUUUCUUACACACUAAUUUGCCACUGAGUGAAUAGUACUACAAAAUAAGCCUAUGUACAAUUAGGCCUACAUGGUACCAUUUUUGAAUUACACUAAUUCAUGUUUAUUAAGUGCUGCUCUAGAUUAAGCACUGCUCUAUAACUUGUAUAAGUGAUGCGGUGCUUAUAGCACAUGUACAUUAAUCUUUUUUUUUAUUGCUUCACUUUACAUUUAGAUAAUUACUUUUUGCUAUAAUAUAUAUGUCUGCAAUAUUAUUACAUGCAGACUUUAAUAUUUAUGGUGUAUAAAAAUUAUUGUUGUAAAUUAUUUUUGCAAUAUUUGUAAAUAUAGAAUCCGAUUGUAAGAUAUUUUAUUUAAAUAUUUGAUAUGGAAGUACUGUAGUAGUUUUCAAACAGAUUACAUUAUUUUCAGCUCAAAGAGCAAAAUAAGGUAUUCUUUUAUUGGUUUUUAUUUAUUGAUAUCUUUAUUUAAAUAUAUACAGUGGCGUCACUAUGACGUAUGGGGGCGCACUUCCCCAAACAACGUUUGCAUUCCCACGCACCUAGACACUGGAUAUUUUGUAAUCAAAAGAACACCACAAAAGUUUUAGGGAAUUACCUCAUUCUCAUAGCUGGCAACAUUUGUCUACAAUUUUUUACCCAGAAAGUUGCAGUGUUGAAAAUAUUUCAAGGUUGCAUCGUUUUGUAAUUUGUAAAUCAGAUGUUUGUUUUAAGUGUUGCUGCUGUUUUAUAAUAAAUGCUAUUUUAAAUGUUAUGUAAUUGUGACAUCAUUAGAAUGUUAUUGUUAAAUGAUUUACUGUGAUAUUUGUAUGAUGAAAAGAUGUUUUAUCCUGUAUUGGAACGUGAUAUAAAAAUAAAAAUUUUUUUAGUAUCAGAAAA